GAGAAAUGGCAAAAUUUUUAGAUAAAAUAUAAACUUGAUUACACAAUGCAAAGUUUUUAUGCAAUAAUCUUUUGCGCAAUUAUUUUAAACGCAGCACAGGUCAACAAUACGCUUGUCAACAACAAUCAAUUAAAGUGCGUUGCCCAGAUUAUUGAAAACCUGAACACGAUUGCAAUUCGAAUAACGACGUUUAAUAGUUCUACGUGUGAAAUUCAAACUAGUAACUUAGUUUACGAAAGUAAUAAUAUGAUCUUAAUAACAAAGUAUAUUUCUGAAAGUCUCUCUGCGUGCAUUGUGCAACUAUUAGUAGAUAAGACUAUAGAAAACGUCAUUUCUUAUUUUUUAUCCUCAACUCAUAACUUAAUAAAUGAAUACGAAUUUUAUACGAAAUUUGAUAAAAGUUUUAAUGAUUCACAAAAUGUUUGUAACAACCCAAAUCACCCUUACAUCAAUAUGUUUUUACAAAUUGCAUUACUUUUGGAUAUUAAUUGGAUUGGAAUCUUCAUACAUGAUGGAGAAUGCAAAGAACAAUUUGUAGAAAUGAUAAGAAAAUCAUUAUUGCAGGAAAAAAACAAUAGCGAAAAUCUAUUUUUUACAAUAGAAGUAUUUAAAGUCAGAAAUAGUUUAUUAAUGAACACAAUAAACAAAUUAAAAAGUUUAAAUGAACCCCAACGCUUAUACAUUGCUUUAACACCAGUCCAUAUCACAACUUCACUUUUUAAUUAUCUUGAAAUAAGUUCUCCAAGUCAGGUUCAAAAAAUAUGGGUUAUCCAACAUAACGUUUAUGAAAAAAUUCCUGAAGUGACUAUCACCUUUACAGGCAUACAACAGAACAUUUAUAAACAAAAUGAUUGUUUAGAAGAUUGUUACAAAUGUUUAUGGAUUGAUGAUAUAUUAUAUAAAAACACUAUCGAAGUACAGCUUUAUCAAAAUAAACAAUGGCAAAUGUUGUUUGAAAUGCAUCAAGAACAUCAGAACAUAACAUAUAUACCAUAUAUUGAAGAAAGUAAUUUAAAAGAAAAACUUGGGCUCACCAUACAAGAAGUUUUACGGGUAGUAUCAAUAAUUGAGCCGCCCUUUCUAUUUUUUGCAGAUUACCUAUAUAAUAUAAAUACAAGUUCUUGCGAAGAAAACACAGAAGUGUGUGAAUUCGCUAAUAAUGUAAAUAACCAAAAAAAUUGGAUAAAAUCAUGUUGUUUUGGAUAUACUGUUGAUUUUCUAAAUAUUUUAAGGGCACGCACUAGUUUAAAAUAUAAAUUGUAUCUUGUAGAAGAUCAAAAAUAUGGCGGAUAUAACAGUACAACUAUGAAAUUUAAUGGAAUGAUUGGUGAUAUAAUUGAACAAAAAGCAGACUUGGCUAUUGCCGGGCUUACUAUAAGUUUAAUUCGAUCUAACUUUGUUGAUUUUACGUCCCCAUUUAUGGCCGUUGAUCUUGGUAUAAUAACUGCAUUAAAUGAACUGGAUAACAAUUAUUUGAAUUGGAACUUCAUUGCAAAUUUAGGACCAGCACCACGGUACACACUUAUAAUACUCUUUAUUGCUGGAUAUUUAACUGUGUACACUUUUGAUAACUUUACAUUGUACAGAAAGUGGAAAUUAGGUCCAAAAAUUAAAGAGUUCUUGCCUUUUAAAUGGAAUGACUGCUUUCUAUACAUAACAGGGUUAAUGUUUCAAAAAGAUUUAGGUAAAAUAAAUCCAUCAACUUCUGGGGGCAGAACAACAGCUGUUGUGUUUGCUUUUGCUUUUGUAGCAUGGACAGCUCUCUACACAGCUUCAUUGACAGCAAAUCAAGUUACAAAACCAGAAAAUAUAUUCAAAGGAUUUAAAGAUACAAAGAUGACGAAUCCAACAACAAACUUUAAAUUUGGAACAACUGCAUCAACAAGUAUCGAAGAUUUCUUCAAAAAUGCACAAGAUGAGAAACUUAAUAGAAUUUAUCGAUUUAUGUCUCAGCAUAAAUAUAAUGUUAAAAAUGCAAGUGAUGGAAUAAAAAAGGUCAUCUCUGGUGAACUUAAUGCUUACAUAAAUGAAUACCCAUUUUUAUUGGCAAUGAUGACAAAUUUCUCUCAAUGUACUUUGAAAAUUACUCCAGCAUCUGAAGGACAAACAUUUUAUGGAAUUGCUGUUAGAAAAAACUCAACAUUAAAAGACUUGUUAUCAAAAGCUAUUAUACAAUCUCAAGACGACAAUCAACUAAAUGAACUCCAAUCAAUAUGGAUGAAAACAUGUGACAACUCACCGCCAAACCACAACGAAUUUUCUCUUAUAUUAUUCGCUACACCACUCUUGCUACUGUUAGGCACCAUUUUUAUUACAGUUAUUUUGCUGCUUUUUGAAAUACAAAUUGUGAAAUACAUGCAAAAAAAACGAAAAAUAGUGCAUAUUAGUGGAGACCUAGAUAGAAAACCACCUACAUGGCAAAAUCUAAAAUUCGUAUUUGACGAGACCAACAUAUGAAACGAUAGAUAUGACAAAAUCUAAAUAUUUAAAUAUUUAAAGAUAUUAAAUUAUAAAACCAUAAACCUGACAGAGUUUGAAAUAAUGUUAGUACAUAAUAAUGUUAAUACAUAAAAAUAGAUUGAGUUGAUAAUAACUUAUUACAUAAGAAGAAAAACUAUUCGGCUUCAAUAAUUUAGUAAUAAAUUAUAAAAAGUAUAAAUAGUGUAAAUAAGACCUGUAAUA